UCUUUCCUUUCUUUUUUUUCUCACUUUUAUCUUUUUCGUCUGUCUUAUUCAUCCUCUCCAUUCCUAGUCACCGCUUCUUCAGGGUCUCGCAGAGCGCAGAGCACAAAUGACUUUCUAGCCGCCAGGUCCCUCCCUCCCUUGUCUUUGGAGGUCGUGCAGCUGGCCUUGUAUAAAUACUUGGACUCGCGCUGCGCUCCCUUACACCGUCCUUCCCCGUCCGUGCUAGAGCAGCCCCUGCAUCCUUCGCCUUCUAGGAGCUUAGCUACCACCUACACGGCAACCCUCGACGCGCGGAUCAAGCACGACGUCAACCAAGAACGCCAUCAUGGAUGACGAUACCAAGGCACCUUCGGGUGCCUCCCACGGCCUCAAAUCCGACAACAUCUCUACUGAUAGCGAUCCCGUCCUUACCCCCGGACCCGAAGCUCCUGCCUCUCCCAACUCCUUACCCGCCGACUCUUCCCUACUUGAUACACCAAUGCUAGGUGCCACGACACCCAGAAGCUCGCUUCACUCGAGAAAUCCAUCCUUCUCUGGCAGCAGCUCUAACCAUGAAGACUGGGAUGCUCUGCCACCUCUCGAUCGAUUGACAGUCCUCGAUCUACUCGACAACUUCGCGCUGCCCCAGCAGCUUGAGAAGCUGCAAAAGGGCAUCUCUGCUCAGACGGACAAAGUUAGGCGAUCGAGAGAGGCCAUCAAGUCCAAGACAGCGCUCGCUCGUGAUCGCAUGGUUGAGGAAUGGCGGCGCCGCGUUCCUUCGGCUGAUGAGCAGCUCGAUCGAUACCGCAAGCAGAUGCAACGCCGUGUCGACAAGCUAGGAAAGCGUUGGAACGACACAAAGGUUAUCAGCGCUCGGGAAAAGGUGUCCUUCAUCUUUGGCGUCAUGAACAUAUUCGUCAGUGGAUACCUCAUCGGCGGAUUCCCAGAGUACUUCCACCUGUGGUACACGGUGCAACUAUUGUACUUUAUGCCUAUCCGCUACUUCACCUAUCAUCGCCGCGGCUACCACUACUUCCUAGCCGAUCUAUGCUACUUCGUCAACUUUCUGCUCUUCCUCUCCAUUUGGGUCUUCCCUGGUUCGAAGCGACUAUUCCUUGCCUCUUACUGCCUCGCGUUUGGAAACAAUGCGGUUGCUAUCAUCAUGUGGCGCAACUCACUCGUCUUUCACAGCUUCGACAAGGUCACCUCGCUCUUCAUCCACAUCAUGCCUUGUGCAACUUUACAUUGCAUCGUCCACCUGCUGUCUCCGGAAAUGCAGAGGGAACGAUUUCCGGCGAUCUGGACCGUCAAAACCUCGCCUCCAGGAUCACCCACGGCAUAUGCCAACGUGGUCUCCAUGCUGGCUUGGAGCACGAUUCCGUAUACUAUCUGGCAGCUUUCGUACUACUUCUUCAUUACGGUCCGUCGGAAGGAGAAGAUUGCUGCUGGCCGACCCACUUCGUUCACUUGGUUGCGAAAGUCGUACUCCAAGACAUGGAUCGGGAAGUUGGUUUUGGGACGACCUGAGCGCAUGCAGGAAGCUUGUUUCAUGAUGAUUCAGUACUCUUACGCCGUUCUCACCAUGCUUCCUUGCCCUCUUUGGUUCUUGAGCCGCUGGGCCUCCACCGCCUUCCUCCUCGCUGUCUUUACAUGGAGUAUCUACAACGGUGCCACAUACUACAUUGACGUAUUUGGUGUUCGUUUCCAGAAGGAACUGGAGGCUAUGAAGGCGGAGGUGAUUCAAUGGCAGAACUCGCCAGAACACCUGCCACAGUCACCUCCUUUGGGGCCUCGGCCGGAAGGAUCCUCUGCUCCUGGCCAGAUUCACAAAGGAGCGACUGGUUCCGCGUCUACCAUCCAGAUCCCAUUGACGAACGAAGUAGCUCGUGAGAAGGACAUGUUGGGCGACACCUCCCUACCCACAGAUGAAGCCGCUCGGCCAGUGAGCGUGGAUAAAAUCCCUCUUCUCGAUGAGACAAGGGGCUCUACCAGUACUGGAGUUGAUGGGGAGCGUAACGACACGACUCGGGAGAGGAAGUCGGGUGAGACACCCGCCGCUUGAUGUUGAACUUUUGCUAGACGACUACGCGGUCGAUGUUCUGGGCUUUGUUACGUUCUUGUUAUUAUGAUGAUUCCUGCAAUCUCACCCUUGGCAUGAUGUUUGGGCGCUUAUUAUGAUUGAUUGGCUAUUUGUUACUUUAUUUGGCUGGAGGUGUAUGGAGCGUUUCAAGUCUUGCUGGUUAUUUAGUUGAUGAGAACCUACCGUUCAUUACAACCAAUAUGCACGGAGAAUACCCCUUGUUUUGCAGA